AUGACGGUGCAGCCCAUCCUCAUCGACUCGGAUUCGGAGCAUUCCGACGUCGAGCGGUGCCGCUUUGUCUCGUCGCAGCCUGCCCAGACAAAGGCGACAUUCGACAACCUGCUGAGCUCGAGUCAAGACCGUGUCCGCGAGAGCUCUCCCGAGUCGUCGCUGCCCUCGUUUCACGAGCUCUUCCGCCGCACCACCACUGCGCGGCCCAAUCCGAGGGGCACCUCGGUCAGCGGCACCUUCAUCGACUCGACCGACGCGUCUCCCGCCCGCAUCGCCGUGUCGAAUCGCGCCGGCAGCCUCCGCCGCAUCACGUCCCUGCCCACAAAGAGCCCCUCGCAGCAGAACAAGGCCACCACUGGCCACUAUGCACCGCCCAUCGAGAUCAUCGACCUGGGGUCCGACAGCAUCCGCGCUUCGUCUGACCGCGGCGCCCACUCGGACGCAGAGCCCUCCAGCCCCAUCCUCACGCAGUUCACGCUGAGCAGACCUGCCGCCAAGGGGCAAUCGGGUACCGCUGGGGCCCGGGCGCGGUCCGAAGCGCUGCUGCGCGCCACCGCAGAUGCGGAGCGGGCCGGCCCAUCACGCGUCGCCCAACCCAUCGUGCUCGGCUCCAGCCCAGAGCCUCCCCGACCCGCCGCAGCAACUCGUCCUAGCUCAGGCCGCAAUGGUACCAGCAGCAAGAGUGGCGCAGCGGGCCAGAAGACGUUCCGUCUCGCGUCGUCGCCGCCGCCGAGCUCGCCCCUCGCCGAGCAAGCAGUCGACGCUCGGCCAUCUGCAAAACCGCCACCCGCCAGGUCCUUGCCGGGCAGCCGCAGCGGCUCACUGCAGCGCAAGACCUCGCUCCUCGACGCUCUCGAUGCGCUGCAGACGGUCCAGGAAGCGCUCGAGACCUCGGACGAUGAACCAGGCGGAGCAAGCGGCAGCGGCGGUCGCACCACAGCGUCGCCGUCCGCCCGCAAGAGAACCAAAGCCCAGUCCAGCAGUCCGGUGAAGCAGCGCAAACGAACCAGACCGGGAGCCUCGGCCGCAUCAGCGAGGCUCUUCUCGUCAGACACCGAACAGGAUGCCACGACGGGCAAAGGCGCUGCCGCCGCCGCCGCCGCCGCCACCACCACCACCGUCGCCACUGCCCAAAAGGCAAAGGAGGCCGAAAGGGAGGCCAAGCGGCUCGAGCGCGAGUUCAAAAAGGCGGAACGCGAACGGGCCGCGGCCGAAAAGAAGCGGUGGGCCGAGGCCAACAAGCUGCGCAGGGGCAAGGGAGACACGAUGAAGGAGCUCAUCGUCGAAGUCGACCAGCGCCUCUGCCACGGCUCGCCGACCGAGGCCAUCCUGCGGGCCUGCUACGAUUCGAUGAAGGAGCGCAUGGAGAGGGACGGCGCGACGGUGACGACGAUGCGACACGAGGCGGCGGCCGAGGUGCCUCCCAUGAUCACGUUCAAGCGCAAAGUCAGAGCACGCCUGGACCCGGUGCGGCGCAGCUGGGUGCCGCUCGACAGCGAAGUCAUCGAAUCGGAAAAGGUCGUCAUCGUCGUGCUCGACGGCAAGCAGGUGGUCAACAUGGUGGAGCAGUCGAGCCUGCUGGCGCGCAUCCAUGCGGUGCGGGACCGCCUGGCGUCAGGGUACCAGCUGUUCGUGCUGGUCCAGGGCAUGCACAGGCAUUUUUCCCGGCUCAUCAACAGCGAGAACCGCGCCUAUACCGCGCGCAUCCGCAGCGCCCUCGCCUCCGAGACGGCUGCGGCUGCCAAUGCGCCGCCGGCGGCCAGCACCGGCGUAGGCACCGAUGGCGGCGGGUCGGCUGCAACGGCGGCAUCGUCGUCGUCGUCAUCAUCAUCGCGACGCACCGUGUCUGCGCCCGCCAUCGCGGCGGCGUCGGCCGAGACGACGGCGGCGCUGCAGGACAAGGUCGAGAUGGCGCUGAUGCGGCUGCAGGUGUCGGAGCGCUGCUUUCUGGUGCACGCCAACGGCCUCGUCGAUCUGGCGGAGUGGAUCUGCACUCUGACGGGCGACAUUUCGCUGCGGCCGUACAAGGUGGUGCGCAGCUCCUUUCUCAGCUUCUGCGCCGAGGGCGCCGUCAGCGGUGCGGGCGGCGGUGCACUUGGCGGGCCCGGGUCCGGAGGCAGGAACACGACGGGCCAGAACGAGGUCGAGACAUACCGGCUGAUGCUGAUGCAGAUCCCGCGCGUCACUUCGCACGUCUCGUCGUCGAUCAUGGCCGUCUACCCGACGCUGUCCUCGCUCUACCGCGCCUACGCGGCGUGCAAGACGCAGCACGAGAUCGACACGCUCCUCUCCGACUGCCAGGUCGACACCAACGUCGACGGGACGCUACGGGCCGCCAACCGACGCGGCAUCGGCGCUGGCCUGUCGAAACGCAUCGCCGCCGUGCUCAUGGGUCAGGAUCCGUUGGCGCUCGUCGGUGGACUGGUCUGA